GUUCUGUUUAGUUUUUACAAAAUGUUCCCUUAUAUUGUGAUUUUCGCUGGUGCUCUUUUACUUGUGUCAGCAGAACUGUUCUCAUCCCAAGGCUCCCGAGACGACUGGGAGAGGAUAGUGGGGGGUAAAAAGGCCGCAAAUGGUUCCGCACCGUACCAGGUGUCUCUGCGCACGUGGGGAGUCCGCCAUUUUUGUGGGGCGUCAGUUAUAACACCGAAAGUUAUUUUGACAGCCGCGCAUUGUGUUGACGGGUUAAGACCACAGUAUUUCAAAGCCAUAGUGGGCACGAACCAGCUCCGAGCGGGUGGUCAAUCCUACACAAUCCGAAAAGUAGUCAAACACGAAGAUUACAAUGACGAUCUUAUCAUCAACGAUAUAGCGAUCAUUUUCACUGACCAAGAGAUACUAUUCAAUGAAAGAGUGGAUGCUGUUGAACUGAAUGAUGAACCAGUGGAAAAGGGAGAAGAUUUAUUGCUGACUGGAUGGGGGACUACUUCAUACCCUGGUCAUCUACCCAACGAUCUAAUGCAGUUGGAACUUAAAGCAGUAUCAUAUGAGGACUGCAAGGAAGCCCAUCUCAGUAUCAACGCAGUAUUUGAUACUCAGAUCUGCGCUAUGACUAAGGCUGGAGAAGGCGCGUGUCAUGGUGAUUCUGGAGGCCCAUUGGUCAGAGAAGGCCGGCAAGUUGGCAUCGUAUCAUGGGGUCUGCCAUGUGCUAAGGGAAAACCAGAUGUUUAUACUAAGGUCGAGUCAUACAUGGACUGGAUACAAAAAACUUUAUUAGACGACGAUGAAGACCACUGGAUGUUUGUUCUGCGAAAGAGAAGAGGAAACAGACAUUUUUAAUUUUGCUUAUUUGAAUACUAACAAGGCUGUUAAAUUAGUAUAUAAAAUAACAUGUAAUUAUUUAAUUGCUAUCAUAACUUAUAGACAUAAUAAUAUGAACCUAUAUCAAAUAAAAUAACGCAAAUGUAAAGUUUACAUUAACUCGUCAAUAGAUGGUGCCAAU